GGCCGGUGCGGUGCGGGGCGUCCCGGAGCGGGCCCUCGGGCAUCUGCCUCGCCACCUACCGGAGGUCGUCCCUGCCGCAACCGGGAGCAGGGAUCUGAGACAGCGGCGGAGGCGGCAGUCCUCCGACCCGCACGACUUCAAACCCGGUGCCCCCAGCCCCGCUCUUUGCUGACGCAGGCGUCGGCACGCCGGACUGAGCGUCAGCGCGCCGGAAGUGACAUCAGCUCACCGCGAGGGGCUGCGCUCUGCUGGGGAGUGAAAGGAACUUCGGAGUCCCGGCCUGCCCGCGGCACUUAAAAACGAAGCUGCGUGUGCUGAUCUGGAGCAGACCUCUGGUCUUGAAACUAGGCAGAGACGUGAAAUACGGGGCCCUGAUUUUCCAGAGAAUGAAAAAGGACAAUGUAGCCAAAUUUCUGAAAAUUCAAGAUUUUGGUUUCUAAUUGCAUUCCAUCCUGAUCCUCCACCUUACCUGGUACAAAGAAAAAGCUUGAGGCACUGUGGUCCAGGUGGCGGUACCAGUGGGAAGGAUGAAAUCAAAAAAGAUCUGCAACUUCCCAGACGCAGUGGCGCAUGCCCUUAAUUCCAGCAAUUUAGUAUGCCAACCUCUGCAACUUAGCGAGACCCUGCCUCAAAAUAUAAAAAGGACUGGGAAUGUGACUCAGAGUUUAAGCGCCCCUGGUUUUAAUUCCUCGUAUGAAUGAAUGAAUGAAUAAAUGAAUAAAUUCAAAAAGAAAAAGAUCUACAGCAACACUGAAAACAGCUCAAGCGCGUGCCAUUAUUUUACAGAAAUUCUGCAUAGGUGUGGAAAGGAAGAUCUUGCCCACGAUUUUACCAAGUUUGAUUUUUUAAAUUCUUUUCUGUUUUGAUUGUUGUUGGUACAUUUUCUCAAUUAACCAGAUUCGAAGAUGCCCAUUUUUUGAAAAAAGUGCUUCUCUUGUUUGCUCUUCGAUCAUUUUAAGUUUAUUAGUAUUUUUUUUUUAACAACAACAAAAAAAUACCUUUUUAUACACUAUCCUGUCACCUAGCUCAGGUCCUUAUCAAGUUAAACUUUUUUUGCGUAGACAUAGUAAUAUCUCUCCAUUUUCUUCAAACCCAUUUUAGAGGUCACUAACAGAUUGAUCUUCAAAAACACUUAUCAUUUCACUCCUCUGCUUAUAAAACAUUGCCUGAAGAGGCUAUGUUUCAAUCCUUGAGUGUUUUUCAUCUGUAAAAUGAGGCUAAUGAGAAGCACUAUAGUAAGCUGUGGAAAUAAAAUGAGGUCAUGUAUCUUGGAAAGCUUGCAAGAACUUUGUAAACCGUAAAGCAGUUACAUAUGGAGAAAGAAACUAACUUAAGUACCUGCUGGGCAUUCAGCUUGAAUUAUGUCAUGAUUUGCGGACCAGCACUGUAAAAUCCCGGGAUGCUCCUCGCCUCGCCUCACCUCCACUGAAGUACUCAGGGGUCCGAGAAGAGUGCAGUGUGGACACCGCGAGCCAUGAGUCCUUCGAGACUACAAGGGUCUCUCUCGCUGCUGCUGUUGAGCUGUUGCCUCCACGCGGCUGCCCGGAGGGACAAGGGGGUGGCUGGCAACGUGGCGAAACCCGCCUCUGGCCCCACGGGCAGCUCUUCUGGUCGCUUCAUGAGCCCGGAGCAGCACGCGUGCAGCUGGCAGCUCUUGCUGCCUACCCCAGGGGCCGCGGCGGGAAGCGAAUUGGCGCUGCGCUGCCAGGGCCCGGACGGGGCGCGCCACCAGUGUGCCUACCGAGGGGAGCCGGAGCGCUGCGCCGCCUACGGGGCUCGCCGCUCGCACUACUGGAAGCAGGUGCUGGGCGGGCUUCGCAAGAAACGGCGGCCCUGCCAGGACCCUGCGCCGCUCCAGCCCCGCCUGUGCGCUGGCAAGAAGGGCCUCGGGGCCGAGCUGCGCUUGGUGCCCGGAGCGUCCCUCCCGGCCGGCCCCACUGCCACCGGCUUCCCCCGGGAGCCCAGGCUAAGGGCCAGGAGUCGGGGGACGCCCCGGCAGUCCGCGCCCGACCCAGGCGCUGCGGUGGCGCCUUCCCCGAACUCGCCGCCCAAGGAAAAGUCCUCUGAAAGGAAGACCAGAGCCGGCAAGAGGAAGGCGGCCUCGGGUCCCUUGGAGGAGCGGCCCAUGGGGACCGGGCCCGGCUCCGACGGGCUGGACCAGAACGCAGAGCUCACGGAGACCUACUGCGCUGAGAAGUGGCACUCCCUCUGCAACUUCUUUGUGAAUUUCUGGAACGGCUGAGGCUGCGGAUUGGGAAGGGACAUGGGGACAGGUGUGAGGGAAGAGGAUGUCAGCGCGGUUGGGGCAGGGAAGCUAGGAGCAUCUUAGACCAAGGGGUACCGGGAGAGAGGUGUGGA